UUCAGUCAAAAACACAACCACGGAUACCAAAACAUGCCUGUAUAUGGGCUCUGUUUCAAACAAGGGUCUCCCCCUGCUCAUGAAGUCGAUCAAAUUUGACAGUGAUCAGAAAAAACACCACCCAAAAAAGAGGGACAAGGGAAAUGAGAAUAAAAACAAGAGCAAAAAAGAAACGUCCCCGGGAAGGCUUGAACUUCCAACCUCCCGAUUAACAGUCGGACGCGCUAACCAAUUGCGCCACGGAGACUUGUUUAACAAAAUUGUCCUUGCCUUUUCAACAAGCACGUCUCCGUGGCGCAAUUGGUUAGCGCGUCCGACUGUUAAUCGGGAGGUUGGAAGUUCAAGCCUUCCCGGGGACGUUUCUUUUUUGCUUUUUGCUUUUUGCUUUUUGUUCUUUGAUUACUACUUAUACUUGUUUCCUUUCUUGUUUCCCCUUUCUCCUCUGGUUUGA